AUGGCCCUCUGUGUCCGGUAUAUCCAGUCGCAUAGAACCACAAGACGAGGCGGUCGUACAGAGUCUCCCGCAUACACAGACAUCGGUCGAGCAGGGGCUCCCGAUUCACAACGAGAGACGGUCGAACAGAGGUUCCCGCACACACAGACAUCGGUCGAGCAGGGGCUCCCGAUUCACAACGAGGCGGUCGAACAGGGGUUCCCCACACGGACAUCGUCGAGCAGGGGCUCCCGCAUACACACACAACGGCCGAGCAGAGGCUCCCGAUUAGCUCCCACGUCUAGCGGGGGGGGUACUUCAUCCUCCAGCGACAGCGACGUUCCAGCCUCGAGCAGUGGCUCAAGACGCAAGAGAAAGCGUAAACGCAAGAAAGGUGCACGCCGAUCACCAAGACGACGAAAUUCUCGCUCAAGCGCCGUUGACGAUGAUACUGUAUUGACGGAAUCCGUUUGUGCGCUUGAAUAUGUGGAAGGGUCUUCACAUCGUGGCCGCUACGUUGAGGUAGCGAGCCCUCCGUGCACUGUUGCAGAGAUCACAUCUCUAUUAACCCUACCAUGGAAAGAUUUCCUUCACGACCUCAAGGCCGGCGACAUCGAGCAAGUGUGCAUCAUAUCAGCCGCCGAAGCAGCUAGUGGAGAAGUUCUGGAGGCUCGCCCAAAGAGCGCUGAGCCCAAAUCAGCGCGCGAAGAACGUUUCGUGGCACAGUCUUGGGAAGCCCUUCGUGCUUCGGGCAACCCUGUCUAUGAUAUCGCGCGUGAGUAUGCCGACAUCUUUCCGGAGAAUAUCCCCGCUGAGCUUCCAGCGGAUCGUGGUGUGCGACACGAGAUCGAUCUCGUGCCAGGAUCGAAGUAUUGCGUGACGCGGCAGUGGCCGCUACCGCGUGACCAAGUCAUCGCAAUUGAUGAAUUUUUUGAGGGCCGCCGUAAGGCAGGACACGUCCGCGAAAGCAUAUUGCCACAUUCGAGUCCGACUUUCUGUGUGAAGAAAGCCACCGGCGGUUGGCGCAUCGUGCAUGCUUUUAACAAGUUGAAUGACGCCACGAUCCCGGCUCAAACACCAAUUCCUCGGAAAGACAUGGUACUGGAUACCAUGUCCGGCAGCGAGAUUUUUAGCGCCAUAGACCUGACAGACGGGUUUUACCAGAUUUUAAUGAGGGACAGUGAUAUCCCGUUCACCGCUGUCAGCACACCGAGUGGGAUGCUUUGGGAGUGGCUAGUCAUGCCACAAGGCCUUAAGAACGCUCCAGCAACGUUCAACCGAAUGGUGACACAAGUGCUUCGGCCACUACGUGAUUUCGCUCCAAGCUAUUUCGACGAUAUCUUCGUACACAGCCGCGCUGAGCAACAACUCAGCGCUACGGAGGUCCACCUUCGGCAUUUGAAACAGGUGUUCCAAGUGAUGCGCGAGAACAAACUGUACGCAAAUUUGAAGAAGUGCGUCUUCUGCGCUCCCGAGAUUCCAGUUCUUGGAUGCUAUGUUAGCAAGGAAGGUGUCCAUGCUGAACCCGAGAAAGUGUCAUCGAUAUGUUCAUGGCCUACGCCCAGGAACCAAACGGAACUACGCCAAUGGCUUGGCUUGGCCAAUUACUUGCAUAAGUAUACGAAGAACUAUGCAGAACUAAUCCAGCCACUAUCGACUCUACUGAAGAAAGACGCAGUUUGGUCAUGGAAAGCUGAACAUCACUCUGCCUUCAACUCUGUGAAAAAGAGCUUGUCUGAAGCACCAGUGCUGAUGUUGCCUGAUGAUUCCAAGCCAUUUCACGUCGUCUGUGAUGCGAGUGAUUUCGCUAUUGGAUGUGCCCUCAUGCAGUUUGACGAUGAGGGCCGAGAGCGCGUCGUGAGCUUUCAGUCACGACAGAUGAAACCCGCAGAGCGGAACUAUCCGGUACAUGACAAGGAACUUUUGGCUAUGCGUUACGCGCUGAUCAAGUUCAGAGUAUAUUUGCUCGGCGAGAAGAUGUUUUCGGUCUAUACAGAUCACGCAUCAUUGCGUACCGCCGUCAAGACUCCCCACUUGUCCCAGCGUAUGGCACGUUGGUUGUCAUACUUCUCAGAGUAUAAUUUCGUGGUCUUUUACAAACCCGGCAAGAACAACAUUCUUGCUGACGCGCUUUCUCGACGUCCCGAUUAUGAUCCUCGACGUGACAUGGGUCAUCAGCCAGGCAUUGCUGAAGACGAGGGACGACGACAUUUGUUUAUGCUGUGCUGA